UGACGACAAUGACGCCUUCAUUUUGUCCCCAUCUAACGGUGCUGCCUUAUUCCAGUGGCCACUUUUUAUCCAAGGAACGUAAUACCGUGAAUACAUAUGACAGUGUUUGUCGAGUCAUUCACAAAUUCUGUUUAAUAAGUUGCAACUUGAAGCUGCCCUGCUUUACGUCCAAGCGAUUCCAAAUGGAGUCCGCCGAUGAUGACGAGAUGAGGCUCUAAUCUUCCCAAAGUGUGCCCUAAACUUCCCUCCCUGAAAUCCGAGCUGUCUUUUGUUUCUGACUCCGAAGAGAGAGAAUCACGUGUACUUUCGGGUCUGGACCGAAUAUAAAAUUGUUUCUGAGAGAAUUUCCCUCUGGGGUCACUGAAGUCCCUCAUCAUCUUGGCCUUGAUUAGGGCAGCCUCUCCUGGCAGAGCAGCAUGUGAUGUGGUGGGCCCAUCCUCGGCCACAGCCCAGGCUGCACAGCAGGGCCAGGAGAUGUUUGAAGUGAAACCCACGAGUGGCGAGAAGGUGGACCCCUCCAGCGACUCAGGUGAUGGCGCUGAAGCCCCUGAGCCCGAGCCCGAGCCCGCUUGGUUUGGGUCCGAAUGUGAGUCCCUGUACCCGUUUGAAAGCAGAGACUUGGUGGUGCCUCCUUGUGGCGCUGAAGAGCAGGAUGCCACCAUUUGCCCAGUCCUGGCAGAGGAGACGCUGCCCUGCAUGGCUCUCCUAACCCUGGAACCUUCCCUGACUCCUUCCAGGUCUCAGAGCCUGUUGCACGUCCUCACUGCUGACGGGAUGGACCAAAUGGCCAGAACCCACAAUGACGUAGACAUGGUGACAUGCCUGCUGGCUGAGAGGGACCGCGACCUGGAGCUGGCCGCACGGAUUGGCCAGUCCCUACUGCAGAGGAACCACCUGCUUCAGGAGAGGAACGAGGCCAUGGACGAGCAGCUGGCCAAGACAUUGGACCAGGUGCGGCAGCUGCAGCACGAGCUGGUGAAGAAAGACAAACUCCUGCGUAUGGUGGCCAGCGCCUCAGAAGAGAGCGAGGCGGACCCCCACUGCCCAUCGCCACCGUUAUACCGCCAUCCUUUGGCCGCCAGUCUCACCGCCAACCAGCUGGAGGUGCUGCAGAGCAAGCUGCAGGAGCUGGAGGAGGAGAACGUGGCACUGCGGACCAAGGCAUGCCGUCUGAAGACAGAGACCCUCACAUACGAAGAGAAGGAGCAGGAACUGGUGCGGGACUGCGUGCAGGAGCUCCGUGACUGUAGCAGCCAGAUGGUGGCACUGACGGACGAGCUGUCCCAGAGGAACGAGGAGCUCCUGCGUCACCAGGAGGAGAUCGCCCAGCUUCUGUCUCAGAUCGUGGAACUGCAGUACCGGGUGAAGGAGCUGGCCCUGGAAAAGGAGGAGCUGAGGGCCCAUUUACAGGCUUCCAAGGAUGCCCAGAGACAGCUCACUGCAGAGCUGAAUGAGCUGCAGGAGCAGAACAGCGAGUGUACUGCCAUGCUGCAGGAGUCCCAGGAGGAGAUCAAGGAGCUGCGCGGCCGGAGCCUGCCGUCUGCAGCCUUGCAUGCACACCUGCCCUACGGGCUUCUCCCCCAGGACUCUCUGGCAGCAGAAAUUGAAGGCUCCAUGCUGAGGGAUCGGAGUGAAGAGGAUGGCGCCUACGAGGAGCAGAGGGCCUCCCAGAGACGUGUGUUCCAGGCGGUGCGCUCCAUGAACAAGUCCGUUCACCAGGCCGUCAUCCCGGGGUCAUCCCGAGGUCAUCCCGGGGUCAUCCCAGGGUCAUCCCGCGGCGGCGUGGUGAUGACGGCACAGCCCUUCCUAUCCACACAGGUAGAUGGCGCCGACGAGUCCGGCCACAGCGGCAGGAAGCAGGCCCAGCUGGGGCAGCCGGGCUCCCCAGGAGGAGGGGACCUCCUUGCUGCUCUGCGCCGCCUCUUGCUGCGGAGGCAGAACCACGCCUGUGAGCUCCGCUUCUUCCAGGCCGAGCGGGAGGGGAGGCUGCAGGAGCAGGUGGGGAAGGAGGCUGAGCUGGGUGCCUGCACCUCCCUGGGUGGCAGAUCCGUCUCCUUCAGCAUCUCUGACCUGUCUGCCAGCGGCUACAAGACCUUCCUCCCUGAAAAGCUGCAGAUCGUUAAGCCGAUGGAGGGCUCGCUGACUCUGCACCACUGGCAGCAGUUGGCCCAGCCACACCUGGCCAGCAUCCUGGACCCGCCCCCCGGCGUGGUCACCAAGGGCUUCCGGCCCCUGCCGCAGGACACCAUGUACCACCUCACAGACCCGGAGGAGGACGAGGAGGAGGAGAGGCUUGCAAACGGGGCCCUGGGGACACGGUGGCAGGCGAGUGUGGGGAGCAAGUGGGAGGAAGAGGACAAUGAGGAGGAAGAGGCGGGCAUCCUGUUUAUGGUGCCGUGCACAUCCACCCCCGAAAAAAAGAUGGAGAGCAGGACCAGCAGGAAAUUAAAUUCCUCACCCCCAUCACCUCCUACCCCUGUGGCCCAAGCCGCCCACCAGCAGGGGGCUCAGCUUUCCAGUUCACAUUCUGUCGUGUCAGGUGAGCUUCCAGCAAGCACUGCUUUGUACUGGAACAGCUGUGUUGAGGUAUGUUCAGGUGCGCCGCUGUGCAGCAGUGCUCUGUCUGCCUCUGCAGAUCGAAACCCCGGGAAGUGUCUCAGCUCCACUUUCUCCACCUACACCUUCACCACCUGCAGAAUUCUGCACCCCAGUGACGUAACCCAGGUCACACCCAGCUCUCUCUGCCGCCCCCUGGUGGCAGUGACCAGCAACAUACCCAGCUCUUUGCGCACAGGCCCCAGCACACCUGUAACUGCCUGUCAGCUCAGCCUAGAGGAAUCGCUGCCCCCAAUGGCACCAUGUGGGCUGGCCAGGAUCCUGCUGGAGAAGGGUAUCUCCGCCCAGUGCCGGCCAGCUCCUGUCACACCUCCCUGCUUGCCGCAGCAUGCCGACCCCCCCUCGCUGGGCCCCUUCGAGCCAGCCGCCUCCUCCGACAGUUUCCUGGCCUCCCGGCCCGCUGAGCUCUUCCUCCAGGACGUGUACGGGCUGAGGUUGGGUCGACCGCAAGCCGAUCCGCCCUCUCUGGGAUUAGCUGAGCGGCUCCAGCAGCUCGGAUUCACUAAGACGCUGCAGGCGGGGUCGCCGAGGACCCCGGAGCCUGCCCUGCCCCGUGUGGCGGCCGGCUGCAGCCUCCUGGAGAGGCUCCGCAGGAACCAGAGCCUUCCCACAGUCGUCGGGGGCUGGAGUCUGCCCCUGAGCAGCCCUUUGCACCAGCUCACACCCCUGCAGCACAUGAGCCUAGCCCCCACAGAACCAAACACUGCCCUUACCUCUCCGUCCCAUUCACAGUGCACACAGGGGCAGCAUCAGGCUUGACAUUAGAGAGGGUCCAUCUACUGACAGAUAAUUACCCUCAGCUCCACCUCUGUAAUCUAGCACACAUACAAACCAUCAUGCCAUAGAGGAGGGAGGCAAUGUGAGGUGUUAUCUCAGGGUUUCACACCUAAGAAGAGCCAUUGAGCUGCUCCCCUGAAAGAGGUGCUGAUCCUGAAUUAUCCCAGUGAAAUACAGAGACGUAUAAAUGGCAACUAUCCUGCAUUAAGCAAAAAGGUAAUAAUGCAAAUAUUAAUAAUAACUAUAAUAAAAGCCAAAAGAGACUGAUUCAGGCAUUAAAAGGAGCAGCAUCCUUUACUGUUACUUGAGUUGUGGCUGUAGUUUUGUAUCUUUCUGCAGUUGUUUUUUUCAGGGUCCCUGUACCUGUUUUGUAAGGUCAGACGUAGCUCCGGUCUGCAGGCCCUGGGCAUGGAGAAGCAGGGUAGAUGCGUACGUGUUAAGUGCUAGAGGAAUGUGGACAGAAGUUUUUGGGAUGUUUAGUGGAACUCGAGGCUGUGUCGUUCCUGACCCGAAGAAGAGGAGCUGAGGUGAGCAGAGAGAAGCAGCCUCGUGCUCCGCAGCCCUGGCUCACACCAGCGCACAUCCGUACUUUUCCAUGGAAGGAGACAAGCACAAAACUCGGGCCAGAGAUCGGAAGCUCAAGAGUCCCAUUGUCACCCAUUAACGGUUACUGCUUUCUCUCCCAAUGGUUUUUGUGGCUGAUUGCACUGGUUAGCACUGGUUAGCACUGGCGCCGUGCUAAUACCCACUAAACUGCAGAAUGCAACACCGCAGUCGGUCAGCUUGUGGUUCACAUGCUAAAGGUCCUGCAAGGAGGAGCCGGUCCUGCUGAGUGCUCUUCCUCCUGAUCUCCUGCACUGAUUACAGACACAUUAUUUUCAUUCAGUAUUUAUUGUCUAAAAAUGAAUUACACUAGUUUAAAAUGCAGUUUUAAGAUAUUGAAGGUUUUGAUUUAUUUAAUGCAUGUUUGUAUUAUAUUAAUGUGGAGACUGUUGGCUCCCCCACCCUCAGCCCAGAUACAUGUCCACCGUGAAGCGUUACGAUGAGGCAGACGGCUGCUUGAAGAGUGUAACUUUUUCAAAGGGAAUCUGUAUGCUUUGUGCACUGUGAUAUUUAGGGCUAAGCUUCUUUUUUGCCUGAGACAUGUUCAUGCACCUGAGGGAUCUCAUUUUAUACUUCUAAAUUUGUGGAAAAACGGAACGGUGACCUUUUCUCUUAUGAAGUACCAGCAUGGAUUGUGUGUAUAUGAUGAUUGGCAGGGAUAGUGGGGGCUUUCAAAGGGAGGGACCA